CGACGCCUCCAGAAAUGAGACGACUUGAGUUGAUGAGUGGAGGAAUGUCAGUGAUGUUGACUUGAAGACUCUGUUUCAGUGCCUGCAGAAACAUGGCGGCCAUGUCAGAGACAACAGAAAUCAAGGAGGGCUUCCUGUGCCCCAUGUGCAUGAAGGAUUUCGGAACAGUCACUCAACUGCAGGACCACUUUGAGCAGGCUCAUUCAUCAGAAGAUAAGGCAGUAUUUCAACAGCUGAAGGGAUUCUUUGACAAGGCUAAGAAAAAGAUUCUAGGAGAAAAGGAACAUGGUUAUUCCAGCACGGGUGACAGUCAAAGUGGGGGCAACUCUUAUUUGUCUCUCUACCCAGCUGGGUCAGAUGUUUCAUGGUGGGAGCCCCAGGACCCAGGUGCUACCCGUAGCCACACUGACUGCUUCAAAGGAGUUCGUGAUGCUCGUGUCGACCAUUUCGUCGUAGAAACCAACAAGCUGCUAAUCCGAUUGGACAAACUCAUUGGACCAGAUUCACCACUGGAGCCAAAUAAACGAAAAGCUUUCGAGAAGUCCGUGGUACCUUGGAUCCCGGAUAGUGAGGUUCCAGCCUGCCUCUGCUGUGAGAGGUCCUUCUCCCUGCGGCGACGCCGCCAUCACUGCCGCAUCUGUGGAGGGAUCAUGUGUGAACAGUGCUCUCAGUUCCUCACGUUCUCAUAUGCUCAGAAGCUGGUGAACCCUGCGUUCAGCUUCCAAGGUCGAGGUUUCCUGCGUCGGACGGGCAGUAACAGCAGCCUCAACUCUCUGAUGGGUCCAGAGGGGGAGAGGCACAUGCGAGUGUGUGACAGUUGUAGGCGUCUCCUGGAGAGACGAGACCAGAUGACGGAACAGCGCAACACUAAGACACCACUUAUGCAGCUAUAUGAUAAAAUGAAGACAUGCAUUCAGGAGGCUGAGGAGCUACUGACAAGAUACCUACCAAUGGUAGACUCUCUCAGCACUGGAGAGACUGUAUACAACUACAGACAAGCUCAAAUCCUACGGACAAAGUUGACCCGGCAAUAUGAAGUGGUGGAUCAACUCAGCAAGAAAAUUCUGGUUCUGAACCUGAACGAUGACCCCCAGCCCAACCCCAGACAGCUUUACCUUCAAAAAGCAAUACGAGUCUAUGCCAGUAACUUCAUGCACGAGAACCUGCUGGGUCUACAGGUCCUCCCAACAGAAGAAGAGUAUAAGAUAUUGCAAGGAAGGAGGAAAGAAGAGAUUCAGCGUAAAAUUGCAGCUGAGCGACAAGCAGCCAUGGAUGCUCAAGAGAAAGAGAAACGACAAGACGAGCCCGGGGUGAAAUCUCCGACCGAGGGUGUGAAACAGCUCGGACAUAAACGUUCAGAUUCACAGGAUAGUGUUGGGAGGGGCUGGAAGCCGACAGAAGUUGUGCCCAAUGUGGACAACGAUGACGAUCCGAUGGUGACACAAAUAAAGAUUAUUCAUGGAUAUAUUCAACAGGCAACGAAAGCUCAAAGGUGGGAUGAAGUUGCAAUGUUGAAACAGAACAUGAAAGACUUGAAAGCUGCUUAUCUCCGUGAACAGGGAGAGGGUUUCAUGUCAUAGUGUCCUUCUAUUCCCUGGGUACUGCAGUAAACUCAUGCAUGAUUUGGUUGUGCUAACUUGUAAAUGUAUGUUUAAGUACUGUAAAUCAUGAAAUUUAUGCAAACAUUAAAUUAAUGCAGAAAGUGAGUGUCCCUAGCUUGCAUUAAUAAAGUAAGGCAUUUUUAUCGGGACAUUUUGAAGUAGUAUAUUGUCCUGUUAGAUUCUCUACACACACGGAAACAGUGACAUAUAUAACAAUGCUCACACUAAACAAUGUAAUUGAGUGUUAGAUGUAGAUAAUUCCGUGUCAAGUGUAAUGCCUUAUCUUCGCUAGUGACCUACCUAUCUCAUUUCAAGCAGGGGUCCUCAUGUUAAUUUCAUGAUGCAUUUAAGGCCAGGGGUCGACACUCACAUUAAUUAUUUAGUGAUUUUAUUUAUUUUAUUUCAUAAUUAUUUAUUUCAUGAUUUACAGUAUUGUAUCAUGUCUAGAUUUGGAAUGAUUCACUAGGCAGGGCAAUGCUUGACUGAUGAUAGAAUAUCCAAUCCCAAAUUGUCCAUAUUGUGCAGUUUUUCAAUACCAGGAAAUGUCUGGGCCAGACCAACGUCAUUUUUGUUUUAUAGACCUUUUCCUUGACAGGUGAUUAAUAGAAAAAUAUUGUUGGGAUCGAUUUGAGGUUAAUAAUUUCUGUAAGCACUUGAGAAAGCUUUAACCAUGCUAACAGAGAUAGAAAAAUUAUAUUUACAAUAACGGUAUAGUCUGGUUUCAAACUGUAGGAAGAUUUAUCUGUAAUAAUGAAAUAAUAGUAAUUCCAUUUGUAGAUUCCAUGCACAAAGUUAUAUUUUAUUAUUACUCCGGUCAGUGGAUCAGCUACCUGGGGAGUAUACAACCCAAGCUGCCUUAUGAGGCACUAGAAGGUUAACAGUUACCAUCUCAUCCUACCGGGUACCCAUUCACUGCUGGGUGAAGUGAGGCAUGUUUUGAACAAAGUCUCGUGCCUAAGGCAAUGUAAGGAGACACCACAUGUAACAUGUUUCAAUCACAAGUUUUAUUUUUGUUUUUUAGUCAAAUCUAGGAUAACUGGCUUGUCUGUAAAACAACAAAAGAAAUGGGCCUGAUCUUAUUAAGCAUUCUGUUUUGCAGCCACUGUUAAAGGGGCACUGAUCUAACGCAAUUCCCCGGGACUGGUUGUUGCCUUUGUUAUUGUUUUUCCCCAGUGAGUACCCGGAUGUAUAGCAGAAAUCUAGACUAGUUCGCGACCUCUGCUGC